AAUUUAAUUUGACGACAGAGAACUGCCGCCUGUAUAAUAUGUAUCUGUAUUCAUGACAUACAUAAUAUAAUAUGUAUAUAAUAUGUCACCUGUAUACAUAUCCAUAUAAACAUGAAGAGGCAUUUAACAUGUUUGAUUUAUUUUAUUCAUGAUUAAUCACCUGCUAAUGCAGUUUCUUUUCGAGAGAUGUGGUAAGAUGAAUAUUAUUAAAAUGUCAUGUUUGUGUGAAUUAUUACUUAAAAGGCGUUCAAAGGCAAGAGACUCCUCACUGAAUGAACCCAGUCAAACCCCAGAGAGCCUCCUAAUCAAUAAAGACUUUAGGCAGGAUGACCAGCAGAUCAGACCUAAAGGUGAAUCUUUGUCCAACAUGCUGUCUUUCGACCCAGAGCCACGCUCUUUACUCCCGCCUGUCGGACUCUGUUGCGCACUGGAGCACAUUUGGAGAGGUGAGGUGGAGGGGGGAGUCGUCGGCCGCGCGUUCUCCCGCUGAGUUAAAAACUAUGACUCUCGUCCGGAGUUUUGCGUAACUCUUUCCCGUCUGCCGUGGAUUUAAAACUAAUAUUUAAAGUUAUUUUUGGCGUCUCCGUGUAGUUUGUGUUUGUAAGACUUUCCCACUCAGCUUGAACUCUGCGAUCCUCCUCACUGCCGCGAGCGCGUACUGCACAUCAGCCGACAAGCACCUCCUCCAGCUCCAGUCCUGCGGUGGUGGAAAAGAUAUAUUCGAUCAGCAUGACACGUUUUUCAGGAUUUGUGAGUUGAUUGCGCUUUCCGACUGAGGCUUCUACGCUCCAGUUCUUGACUGAGAUGUCCUCCUGAGUCCUGUCUUGAUAACUGCUUUCCUGAGAAAAACUCAGCUGACAACACAAAAUGGCUAACAAUAUAAUCGUGGAACAGCAAUUUUCUCACAAGUUCACCGUGACAGUGGUUCGAGCUGAGAGUGUCACCAAGGGAGCGCUGGGUGACCUGUUGGACACCCCGGAUCCAUACGUGGAGCUGUUCAUCCCAACUGCCCCAGAGAGCAGAAAAAGGACCAAGCACAUAGACAACAACAUCAACCCAAAAUGGAACGAGACCUUCAGCUUCAUAUUAGACCCCAACCAACAGAACGUCCUGGAGUUAACAUUAAUGGACGCCAAUUACGUGAUGGAUGAGACACUUGGAACUGCGUCCUAUGACAUCACCAAGCUCAGAGUAGGCCAGACGAAGAUGGAGUCUUUCCUCAUUGGCAAGGCAACCAAAGUAUACUUAGAGAUGUCGCUGGAGAUCUGUACCAAGCUGGACCUGCGGUUCAGCCUGGCUCUGUGUGACAAGGAGAAGCAGUUCAGACAGACCCGCAGGGAGAGAGUGAUGCUGGGCAUCAAGAAGCUGCUCGACAUGGAGAAGCCUCGUUUCCUCCCCAGCUCUCCUGACGAGGUGCCAGUGAUUGCCAUAGCGGGCUCAGGAGGUGGUUUCCGUGCCAUGGUCGGCUUCUCGGGUGUGAUGAAAGCCCUGUUUGAGUCUGGGGUCCUGGAUUGUGCCACAUACAUCGCCGGCCUCUCUGGAUCCACUUGGUACAUGUCCAGUCUCUACUCUCACCCAGACUUUCCAAAUAAAGGCCCAAAGGACAUCAACAAGGAGCUGAUGAACAGAGUGAGCAGUAACCCGCUGAGGCUGUUGCUCCCCCAACACAUCACCAACUACAUCCAGGCCCUCUGGACCAAAAAGGCCACAGGACAGCCUGUUACCUUUACCGAUAUCUUCGGUAUGCUCAUAGGAGAGACGCUUAUACCUGCGAGGAUGGACAUCAAGCUAAGCAGCAUCCAGGAGAAAAUAAACCAGGCUCAGAGUCCCCUUCCCCUCUUCACGUGUCUGCACGUCAAGCCAGAUGUUUCAGAGCUCAUGUUUGCAGACUGGGUGGAGUUCAGCCCGUACGAAAUUGGAAUGGCGAAGUACGGCACCUUCAUGACGCCUGACUUGUUUGGAAGCAAGUUCUUCAUGGGUACGGCUGUCAAGAAGUACGAGGAAAACCCCCUUCAUUUUCUGAUGGGUGUGUGGGGCAGCGCCUUCUCCAUUCUGUUCAACAGAGUGCUGGGAGUCAAAGACACAGUUGGUGGCAGCACCAUGGAGGAGGAGUUAGAGCAGAUCAAACCACAGCACAUCGUCGGAGAGGACAGCCUGGACAAUGACGAGGAGCCACGCAAAGGUGGGACAGAGAACCAGGAGGCCGAGGACGAGUACCAUCGCACGGCUCAGGCUAGCUGGGUUCAGCGAAUGUUCACGUCGCUCUUCAGCGACUCCGCUUUAUUCAACACAAGAGAGGGCCGAGCCGGGAAGGUUCAUAAUUUCAUGCUGGGCCUGAACCUGAACACCAACAUGCCAUUCUCACCAGUCAGUGAGGUCACGUGCCAGGCCACCACACCUGAUGAGGAGGUGGACGCCGUCACUGAUCCAGACGAGUUUGAUCGUAUUUACGAGCCUCUGGACGUGAAGAGCAAGAAGAUCCACAUAGUGGACAGCGGCCUGACCUACAACCUCCCCUACCCUCUCAUCCUGCGGCAGCAGCGAGGCGUCGACCUCAUCAUCUCCUUUGACUUCUCUGCACGACCCAGCGACUCCAGCCCGCCAUUCAAGGAACUUCUGUUGGCAGAAAAGUGGGCUCGAAUGAACAAGCUCCCAUUCCCCAAGAUCGACCCCAAAGUCUUUGACCGCGAGGGCCUGAAGGAAUGCUACAUCUUCAAACCAAAAAAAGGCGAAAAGAACUGCCCGACCGUCAUCCACUUUGUCCUGGUUAACAUCAACUUCAGGACAUUCAAGGCACCUGGUGUUCCUCGAGAGACCGAGAAAGAGAAAGAGUUGGCUGAUUUUGACAUCUUUGAUGACCCAGAGUCACCAUUCUCCACUUUUAACUUCCAAUACUCCAACGAGGCCUUCACCAGACUCCACGACCUGAUGGAGUUCAACACACUCAACAACCUGGAGGUGAUCAAAGAAGCCAUCAAAGAGUGCAUCGUGGCCAGGAAGGAGAAUCCCUCGUGCCUCUCCCAGCCCUUCUCCCUCAGUGAGAUCCCGAAAAGGAAGUUUCUCAAUAGAGAUCCUCGAGUAAAACCCUGGAAUCAUUUGGGAAAGGAUACCCAGUAGCCUGAUCUAAGACUAUUGAUAAAGCAGAUUAUUUUGUAGAUUUUGUCUGAAAGUAAAUCAUUUUCUUUUUGGAAAAUGCUACCGUGUCGAUCCCUUUUCUGUAUUUUUUUAACCAUACUUUAAGUUGUGUAACGAACCUUCACGGUUACUUGUAGAAGCAUUAUAAUUGCAUUCACAUACAAUGGAUAGAGAAUCUCCAUCUGGUUUCAUGAGCAGGAUGUGGCUGCUGGGAAAAACUGUUGACCACAAACACCUGACGUCCGCCUUUCCCUGCCACACCUAUGAAACACUGCAGCGUGACUGGAUCGAUACAGCAACCUUCGGCUCUGUUGCAAAACAACAGGAGGUUGUUUGUGAGCGUUUUUUUUUUUUUUUCUUUUUUGCUCCUGAUAGUAACUGAGACUCUUAACGUGCGCUCUCUCUUGGUUGUUCACAUUUGAAAGAAAUGUCACUUUUCUGCGUUUCUCCUCCGGUUGCCACAUUCACGCUUCAUGCGGAAACCUUGUGGCUCCAGCUCAUGCGGUCUAGAGACAGAGCUGCAUUUGCACCUUCCCCGCAGCCAUGCUGUUACUGAGUUUUGCAUGGAGCUCUGUGAAUGCACUGUGAGAAGCCUCGACUGUACUGCACUCUGAACCAUAUUUAACACGCGACUGCGGAGCAUCCAAAAAAAUGUGUUUUUUCACUCACCGGAUAGCUCGUCUAAACAUGUAAUCGUGUUCGAAAACAUGGAGGAGAAGCUUGUAACCAUUGGUUUUGUUUAAUGACAACUCCUACACACGCCAAGUGCGCCCCGUCUGGAUACCUCAAACAUCUCAGUGAUGUUUCUCCACCUACAGAGAAGGAGCACUCCCUGCUCCCCUGGAGGGAGUGUCUCAUAUCAAAGCCACCAUGUUGGAAAAACAAAACUUGAUACCAUAGUAACGUUCUGCUCUCCCCCUCUCUCUAUCUUUCUCUCUCUCCACUGGGAUAAAGGUGUGUUUAGUUUCCUGUCCAUGUUCUUUCAGGCUGCCAUAUAAGAUACAGCCACAAGUUUGUUUUUCACCCCCCACCCCCUGCAAACCCAACUUGCAGCAGGACUCCUCGAGCAGCCCCCGCACAGCAGAGUGGAGCGUAGGUCAGAGCGAGGGGAAGCUGGGCGUAUCACAAGACCUGCUCACAGCUGAAAACGGUGGCUCUCAGCGGCACUCAGUGGAAUUUUACACACUACACCUACACCUGCAGCAGUGGAAGCCUGGAAUCUGACACACUACACCUAUACCUGCAGGGGCCCAAAGGCUGCACACAGAACAGUGGAAUUUUACACUGAAGCACCUCCGGCCCUAUACGCUCAGGUUUUGUGUUCUGUGGUCUUGCUGCAGGGAUUCACGACCAGUGAACCUUUGCAACUUGCCUAUAUGGUUAUUAUUUUUGUUCCCUGCAAGAUCAUUUGUAUGUUUUUGCAUGUUUUCCGUGCCUUAACAGCAUUCUCUUUGUGUUUGGGGAAAACAUUUACUCUGUUUUCAUUUAUUUAAUACCACUCUUGUGUCUUAAGUUGAGUGAGCUGUCCGUACUUUUUGAGCCAAAACCAGAAGUAGAUAACGAGUGCAAAGUGGCGCCUAUUAAGUCUAAUAGGAAUUGCUCGCCUUGCGGGUUUGCUCGCUGGUUAUGCGGCCCAGCGAAUGCACGCAAGGAGAAUUUCACCUGCUGGCCCCGCCUGUUGUUUUCUGCUCUGCCGUUAGACUUUACAUUGUGAUGACAUCAUGUUUCUUCUUUUUUUUUUAAAUCACUUUGCUUGGCUCAAGCUAGGUUGUAAGAAUAUAAAAACUUCAUAGAUCAAAAAUGUAUAACAGAAAUAGUCCAUACAUUAGUCUUGUUUGCAGUUUGAGAUGUGCUGUCAGCAGUUUUACAGAAGUGUCUGAUAACGGUGCUCUUUGGGAAAAAUGCUUAUUGGACUGCGAGGGAAGUUUUCCCUGCAAUACCGUGAGCGGCCUCUAGGCAAAAUUGAAAGUAAGGCUGAGUGGCGCCCUUGUAUCUGGUUCCCAUAAUAUAAUUCAGGCUACAUUCAUUAGCUCAGCAUAAAGACCGCUAACAGGGACCAGCUAGCCGAGCUUUGUCCAAAUGUACAAAAGCUGAAAAUGGUUAGCAAUAAAAACAAGAUGAAACCUGUGAGGAGCUUUAGAGGUGCUGACAGGCAGAUUUUCUAAACUUUGGAGACAUCCAGUCUGGCUGUGUCCUUUUGUCUUCAGUCUUUAAGCUAAGCUAAGCUAGCCAGCCGCUGGCUACAAUAGAUAGGGGUGACAGUAGAAUCAACUGUUUGUGCAAAAAAACACGCACAAGCAUAUCUCCCAAAAUGUUGAAAUACUCAAAGAUUACGCAAAGAAACAAGCAUGGAUCAUUUUAUGAAGACGUCUGGUCGAACUCUCUGAGCUAUCCUGUUACAUUUGUUUUCGUAGCAUAUGGUUAGUUGACGUAGAAGCACACAAGCUGUAGAAAUUUUGUUUUUCUCAUGCUCUUUUGAGAUGUUACAUUGUGAUGAUCUUUGAUAAUGUUUACAAAUGUGUCAGAUGCUAAACAGUCAGUUCUAGGGAAUCAAGACAUGUAUAGAACUACUCCUCUGGUCAUUAACUGUUUGUAUUAUAACUGGCAAAGCAUGCCAUGCGUAAUAUAAUGUUUAUGUGCAUCUUACAAGGACCAUAAUAAAUGAGAGAACUUAC